CCGACGACAACAAGAGCCCUUGAGCGUCACUUGGAAGCCGAACGGACCUCGAAUGCGAGACGAAACCCGACUUCACUUUUGUGACGUACGCCAACCGCCCGCCGUGUCGUUGACGUCUUGACUCACUCCGGUAAAAAAAAAAAUAAAUAAAUAAAAAAUAAUAAUAAGAUAUAUCUAUACACAGGAAAAGAACGAGAUUCGCUUCACGUUGAAAAUUGCACCGCCAACACUGGAAAAAAUAAAAAAUAUAAAAUUCAAAACCCCUAGCGGGUCUGCGUCAACAAUGCCGCUGAGCGUGAAUGGAGUCGUGUGCACGCUGGCACUGCUGCUCGUCUGGCGAGCGGAGGAGCUGGCCGAGGCGUGCAGCUGCGCCCCGGUGCACCCGCAACAGGCAUUCUGCAACGCCGACGUGGUGAUCCGAGCGAAGGUGGUGGGCGAGCGAGAGGUGGACUCUGGCAAUGACAUCUACGGGAAUCCCAUCAAGAGGAUUCAGUACGAUGUUAAGCAAAUCAAGAUGUUCAAGGGACCCAGUCAGGACAUCGACACCAUCUUCACCGCGCCCGUGUCGGCAGUGUGCGGUGUCACCCUGGACACGAGUGGCAAGAAGGAGUACUUGCUCUCCGGCAAGUCCGAUGCCGGUGGGCAAAUGCACGUGACGCUGUGUGAUUACAUUAUGCCGUGGGACUUGUUGAGCAACACCCAGAAGAAGAGUCUCACCCAACGCUACCAGAUGGGCUGCGAGUGCAAGAUCGUCCGCUGCCCCUCGCUGCCCUGCGAGAUCUCUGCCCCUGAGGAGUGCCUGUGGACGGAUCUGAUGAUCGAGAAGCAAGUGUACGGUCGCCAGGCCAACCACUAUGCCUGCGUCAAGCGCGCCGACGGAUCCUGCUCCUGGUACCGCGGUGUGGCCCCGCCCAAGAAGGAGUUCCUGGACGCGGAGGAUCCCUAGGGUAGGGCCCCUCCGCUUGGGCCUGAAAAUUUCAGUUCACACAUCAUGGGGAAAAAAAACAACAUCAGGCCAUUUUGAUUUAGAGGGGGGAAAAAAGAAUCUGUAGCCUCUCUGUGUCUAUUUUAAACCAAAUGAGGGUUCUUUGUUGUCAUUGCGGUUGAGGCAUGAGACUGGUCUAGUGAUGAUCUAGUUUCCUCCUGAGGCUGGCGUCAGGAGGACACAACUUCGUUUUGUGUGUGUGUGUAUGUGUAGCGACAGAGCACUUCCUCUAAAGCUCUUUGCGUACAAGUCCAAACCAAUCGAUCCCGGAGCUGCGCACGAUGAUCCACUUCAAUGACCUCAUUGUCUGUUUUAUCCAAAGCCAAAAUUCCAAGUUGCCUUUUUAUUUGUUUUAUUUUGUUCAUCUUUGUGUGUCCUUUUUGACGCAUGCCCACAUCGGGGUCUUCUCAUUUCAAAACAACACGAUCCAGCAUUUUCCUGUGGUGACAAAUAGCUCACUGGACCAGUCUAUGGUGUGUGUGAAUGCACACGACCAGAAAGAUACACAUUUCCUUGCUCCCAUUUUCCAUGAAGCAUAGUGAACCGUCUUCAAACAAGAGGCUUAUUUUGCACAAAUGUGUUCAAAUGUGCGUCGUCUUGAGCACAAUAGUACUAUGAUACCGCUGAUCUGCAUUUUGCGAAAGGUCACAUGACCAAAGCGGAAAACACUUUAGCUGACUUUUUAACUUAGUGACUUUCUUUUUUUUAGUGUAUGCUAUACUAACAAGCAUGACCAUAGUUUGUUGACAUGAUUAUUUGAAGGAGAACUUUUCUUUAUGAAUGGUGUCUUCGGACAAAAGUUAAAUACUCGUAUAUCAUUUAUUUAUACUACAGGAAGUCCUCGAGUUACGACGUACUCGACCGACGACGUUUCGACUUUACGACGCCCGUGCCUCGGCCGCCAUUUUGUCCCAGCACCAUAGUCUUUCUGCUUAGCUAGUACAUAGUGCUUGUCUGUGCUUGUGCGCCGGGAGUAUCUGUGCCUUUUUUCACACUCUCAGCAGUAAUGGUAAGUACAGCAUCUUAUUUUUUUAUUUGAAUGUAUUUUAGUUUCUUUAUACAAAGUGUUAACCUUUCCUGCUACGGUGGUCGGGAGACGCAGGGGUUAACUCCCUUCUCUCGUUGCACAGCUGAGCUGGGUGGCGGCAACAAUAAACCCCUCGAAGCACCGAUUUGCUGCUUUAAUGGCUUUAUUAGCUCGGCGCGCACUCCUUCCUCCUUCGCAGUCCCGUCUCACUCACACAUGGACGCACACGGCCACACACACUGAGCUUGCUGUCACAAUCACGUGGCACAAUACCCGUAACAGAAGUAUUUCGCCGGAAAUUUCGACUUUAACGGUGAAAUUCGUGUUACGUCGCCAGCGUAGGAACGGAACUCGUUCGUAAAUCGAGGACUUCCUGUAUUAUGAUAUAUGUAAACACGAAAUAAGCCUAAGCAUCGAAUAUUGUCAUUUUUUUGGUGCGUCUGUGGUGAGAUCUAGUGUUAAAAAAAGACGUAGAUGUUUAAAGUUCCUACGCUUGCUUUGUCACGGGUCCCCUUUGCCGUUCUCCCAAACUCGGAGGAAGUCCUUCGACCUGUGCUGGCGAAUGAGGAAGUAGGUUGUGUAUGUACGGGAUUAGCAACCCAACCAUGAAAAUUGCUGGUCAUGCUAGAUAUUGACAGGUUCUGGUACCUAGUACAGGGGACAUUGUGGAAAAGUGACUUUUUAAUCGUGUAUAUACAAAUGUUUGGAAAAAUACAGCUGAAACAUUUGAAUUUCUGAAUGGAGUCAGUGAACCAAUACAACUAGCCAUCGCUAGUUUGAGUCAGGGUUAGCGAAGGUGUGAACUCAUAUAAAUUUCAGUCUACUGAAUAGUCAGUUUAUCGAUGAACCUGAGUCGGAUUUCUUGGUUCAAGUCACUUAAGUCAGUGAUACAACUAAGUCGGCAAAACGGACUUGAGUCCACGAACUUGAGUCAGUGAACCGAUACGAGUCAUCCAAGUCCACUGAAGCAAGUCAAUACAACUUUUAUCAUCUGAGUCUGCGUAGUUUCCGCUGAUUCGACUAACUCGAGUUAGUGAAUUGAUACAACUGAGUCAUUUUAGCCCAACAACCCAAAGAAAUCAUGCGAUAGAACAGUUGUUGGAGUCUGCUGACUUGAGUUGGUGAUCUCAGAUGACUAUGUUCACUCGGUUCACAAAUCGUGAUUUAACAGAGUCAUCAGAGUUGCUGAAUCGAGUCAAUGAACCGAUACGAGACAAUUGAGUCCCUAACUCGAAUCACUUUACAGAUACAACCGAAUCAUCUGAGUCAGCGCUAUUUCCGCUUCGUCCGCUAACUGGAAUCAGUGAACGGACAGGAUGAGUCAACUGAGUCUCCUAACUCGAGUCAGUUUACUAAUGGAACCGAAUCCUCUUUUUUUUUUGUGAGUCCACAUUUGUGAGUUUCUUAAGCCUCUUGUUUAGUCUCGUGUACUGAAAUUUAUGUGAAAUGGGAGCAAUAAUUAAAAGUGUUAUAUUUUUAGGAGGCACCCUGCAGCUGUACAGCACCUAUGCAUACGCCUAUUUAUCCUUACUUGACCAUUAGUAUUAUUUUUUAUGAACUAUUUACUGCGUUAGUUGACUAGAUUUGCACAUUUUUCGAGGAACCAUUCCCGUACAGAAAGGCCUGAACACUGAUGAUGUUACAAUGAUUAGUAUUAAUAUUAUUGUUAUGUUUAUGGCACGCCCCCCAAGCAGUUUUCACCUCUUUUGAAUGGUGAUUGCAGUAGUCCAUAAAAGCAAGCAGUUUUGUCGCAUGGAAUGGCAUAGAAUGAUGAAAAGAGUGAUAUAUAUUUUUCUUAAAGAUUACUCUGCUACUUUUAGUGUCUAUUACUGAUUAUGCCUGCAUUUUCACGGUUUGCCAAUGUAUGGGGGGGUCCGUUGUGGCCCUGUCCUCCUUUUCCGUGUCUUUUCUCCUACCAAGUUACUCGCCAAAGCUUCCGCACCGCCUUUUAGAACACACGUAAUACGGCGCUGCUUUAUAUGCAAAGAAAACCAUUCAAAAAAAAAAAACAAAAAAAAAACAUAAUGGCAUGCAGGCACUUUCCACUUUAAUAGGUACCGUGUCCGAUAAAACCAACAAAAUCAACUUACGUAAAAACACCUAUCAAAGACAUUGUAAAUAUAUUUCAACACCCCAAUUUUUUUAAUUUUAUUAUUAUUAUUAAAAAAUGUUUAGCAGAAAUAUACAGUGGCUAAACCUCGAGGGGCGCCCUGCUUUAUCGUUAUAAUUUAUACAUUGGAUGUAAAAAGUCUAAACCUGUUUGAAUGCCCUUUUUUUUUUUUUUUUUUGUGAUCUAUAAAAAUGAGAUCAAAAUAAAUAAUUUAAAAACUUUACAACAUAAAUGUGACGUAUUUCCUAUAGAGAUCAAUUGAUUGUUUAAAAAAAAAUCUUUUUAGGAGGGGAAUUAAAAAUAUACUCUGAUAAUGUGGUUGCACAAGUGUCCACACCCUCUUAUAACUGGGGAUGGGGCUGGGUCCAAACCAACCAAUCACAUUCAAUGUCACGUUAAAUGCGAGUCAGAACACACCUGCCACUGUUUAAAGUUCUUCUGAACUACAAAUAAAGUUCAGUUGUUCUAGUUUUCUUCUCUUAACUUUUUUUUGCUUUCCUGAAGGUUUUGUGGUAACACUGACUGGAAUUUGGAAUUAUUAUUCAUAAUUCCCCACAUAUCCACUGUAGAGCUAUAUAUAAAAUAAAGCAUCCAAAAAGGUAAUACUUUGUUGGUUUUUUUCAAGGUGUACCUGAUAAAUUGGGAAGUGGUUGUUUGUAUACAGUAUAUAUAUAAAAAGGAGUAUUAGAGGCAUAAUUUAAACUUAAUUUUUCUUUUUGUGUUAUCUCUUUUUGUUUUUGUGUGUUUUGGGAUGUUUUCCCAUUAAUUUUCUAAAACAAUGUGUUUAGCCGUCGAGGUGAGAGGGUCCUCUUGCGCUGGAGCACCGUGAGAGUAAAGAGAGAAUAUUCAUUCCAUUUGUUUUCUUUUUUUUUUUUUCUUGUGUGAAUAAUAAUAUUAGACCACCGUGCAUGUGUUUGAUGCUUUGUGUACGUCCGGGGGGAAAAAAGGACAGAAAUAUACCGCAUUAUCAAAUAAAAAAAACGUCUUUGACAGGA